AUGCAACGUCUCCCCCUGGCACAAUAUCUCUUCAAACGUCUACGUUCUCAAGGAGUACACGCCAUCCACGGUGUCCCAGGCGACUUCACGCUCAAAGCUCUCGACCACCUCUCUCCAAGUGGCGUACAAUGGAUCGGCACCUGCAACGAGUUGAACGCAGGGUACGCCGCCGACGGGUACGCUCGUGUCCGCGGGCUCGGGGCACUCUUCACCACCUACGGCGUGGGUGAGUUGUCGGCCAUCAACGCCGUGGCAGGGAGUUUCGCCGAGUCGGUGCCCGUCGUGCACAUAGUCGGCACGCCGCAGAGACGCUUCCAAGACUCGAGGGCAAACGUGCACCACUCGCUAGGCGACGGACGGCCGAGGGUAUUCGCCCAGAUGCACCAGCAUGUUACUGUCGCUCAGACGAAUUUACGCGACGAAAAGACAGCACCCGAGGAUAUCGACCGCACCAUCGCCGCAGCCCUCAGAGAGUCAAAGCCCGUGUACAUCGAGGUACCCUGUGACAUGGUCUCGAAGGAAGUCGACGGCGCGAGACUCGAGAAGACGCUCAUGGGCGGUGAUUUCGCCACGUUUAAAGAAGUCGACGUCGGCAAAGAAGACGCACUCAUCGCCGAUAUCGCCACGAGACUCUACAAUGCUAAACGGCCUCUCAUACUCGUGGAUCGUGGCGACGGCGUGCGUUCUCCGUCCCUCAGGCACGAGAUCAACGAGUUUGUCCGCGUGUCGGGACUGCCAACGCUAUGCAUGCCAUCUGGAAGUGGGAUGGUAGAUCACGGAUUAACCAACUACUAUGGUGUCCACUCUGGUCCCGUCGGCCAGAUAGACACGAUGCCGUAUGUGAGUGAAGCCGAUUUGGUACUUGCAUUUGGACCCAUGUUUUCAGAUACGCAGACUCUGGGAUGGAGGGUCGUUCCAGACCCAGAGAAGAUCAUUACGUUUGGAAAGAAUUUUGUCACUCUUCCACAAUCCGCCUUACUGUCAUCUGCUGGCAGCAGCAGCAGCAUAUAUCCCGGAGCGACCACCACGACUUCUGUGAUAAAUCUACUUUCUUUACUUCCCCGCCUGAAGAAACACCUCGACACUAGACGUCUUCCUACCCCGGACGUCUCAUCACUAGGCGACUUUCGAAACGUCGUACCAAGACAAUACCCGACGUUAACACCCAGCACGUCUACCGUUACAACUACAGCACCACCUGCAUCUGCUUCCUCGUCUACAUCCACUUCCCCCAAAGGGGACGAUGGAAAAGCAGAAGAUGGUCCCAUAGAUCAAACAAACUUCUACCACCGUCUGAACCCGUACCUCCGUCCGAACGAUACAGUGUUGCUGGCCAACGCGACACCCAAGCUCUGCGGUCGCGAUCUCGUCCUCCCAGCUGGCGCUCAGAUCAUAGCGUCCGGACAAUGGUUUUCAAUAGGGCACAUGCUUCCGGCCGCAUUGGGAGCCAGUCUGGCGCAACAUUCUGAAUCUAUAGAUUCAGGCACCACUUCUGAUUCAAUUUAUGAUUCUGUCUCAGGCGGCGGCGGUGGUGGUGCAGGUGGUGACAAUAGUACCAAGGGUGGUAAGGGUACCACUGCAGCAGCUGCUGAUGCUACCACCACCACCACCUCUGUGCAAGAAGGUCGUACGAUCCUGUUGGAGGGCGACGGGAGUUUCCAAGUGACGGCCCAAGAACUGAGCACCGUCAUCCGCCACCGCGUGCCUCUGACCGUCUUCCUCGUCAACAAUUCAGGGUACGCGUACGAGAGACAAAUCCACGGUCUGCACGAGACGUACAACGACCUCGCACCGUGGAAGUACGACGAGUUGCCGUUUGUGUUCUCGGGCCGUCUUCCACAACGGCAGUCACAAGAACAAGGACAAGGACAAGAACAACCAUGUACUACCACCACCACAUCUACAACCGGCGGCGGCGGGGGCAGCAGCAAGUACGGCGACGACGACGACGCGAGUGCUUCUUCGUCUUACCCGAUCAGAUCCUACGUGAUACGCACGUGGCGAGACCUCGACGCUCUCCUGGCCUCGGAGGAGUUUUGCGCCGGGCAGGGUCUGCACUUUGUGGACGUCAAGAUGGACAAGUACGAUGUCCCGGAGAAGUUUAGGGUUGUUUUCCAACGCGCCGGGGAGCAAUUGGGUUAA